CACACAGGGAGGGCCUUGUGUCCGUCUCGCCAGUAGAAGAUUACAACCCAUUGCAAGAUGAUUUUCCGAUGUCAGUUGAGGAAAAUGAUGCUGAUGGCAGUGAUGAUGAAUUUGACGAGGAUUCACCCUGUGUAUCAUUAGAUCCAGACAAUGAUCCAAAGUUUUAUGCAAUGAAAUACAGUAUAACACCCCCUACAGAUCAAAGGCGUAUGAAACGAGAAAAAAGUAAGCAUCAAUCUAAUACACUUCGGGUGUCACAGAAAGAACAUAGGGAAAAGAUUGAGAUGAGGAGGAAAACUCUGGGACGUGGCCCUGUGAAUGUGAUAAAGGAAAGAUAUGGCGGAGAUCAAAUGUUCUCAAUGCUCAGUGGUGUAGACUCGGAUGAUAAUCUUGAAAGAGAUGUUCCUGAGAAUGAGAAAGAAAAGAAAAAAAAAGAUAGUCGAGAAUCUAAAAAGAAGGUUCUGACAACAACAAGGGCCUAUGAUCGAACUUUAAAAAGAACUUCCAGUGAUUUAACAGCGCUAAAUACAGACACUGCUGAAGUUCCACUGUAUUCAACAAUUACUCGACCACUUGACAGUUCUGGACGAUUUUCUGGUCUGGGAAAACCAUCUCCUCUUACAUUAAGUGGCAGUGGGGUAUUCGGAUCUAUGGCUCUAGGUAUGAGCUGGGGGCGUGACUUCAGAAGGCAAUCAAUGGCAAAUGUGGAGUGCCCAAAAGAUCGUGUGGAAUUCUACAAGAUAUUCCAGGCUCUGAUCCACAUGGGGUCACAAGGAGGACGGAAGGAUAAGGAUACCAAAGGAAAAGACAAAAACAGUAACCCAUACUACCGAAGACAGAUGAGUACAGAACAGGAGCUGCUUCAGGAAAGGUUUAGUGACUUUCUCUGGCAGGAACUGCAGUGGGAACUCCAUGGUUAUGGGGAUGACAGACUGAAAAUUGAACGUGCCAAAAUACCGGAAGUAUUAGAUAAAGUUACAAGUUUCAAAAUUACUGUUUUUGACUUUGGGGAAGAGAUGGUGGACUCUGGUAUGAAAGAGAUUAAUUUUCUCUCUCCAGCUAAAGCAGCAAAAAGAGAUAUAUUUGAAUUCAACACCUUGACUCUAAGUCCAACUUUUAUUAAGAGACAGCUUGAAGCAUUAAAUCAAGUAGAGGAACUGCUAUCCAAAUUAGAUGCUUUGGAGCAACUGUUUCCAACAUCAAAAGCAUUUGCCAAAGAGUUCCCUUUGUAUGGGACACCAAACUUCAAAGAUCGUGUAAAGUCCUUAUAUCUAUGGUUGAACAUUACUAGAGAUCUUUGUCACAAAAUGAAACUCUUAGGUAAGAUAUUAGGUGUCCAACAUCUUUCUGAUGUAUUUUGGCCUAUGUUAGACUUUGAAACACCCUCCACAGCUGAACCUAGGGCUAGCUUUAGUCACUAUCGAUCUAGCUUACCGGAGAUCCUUGAACCAGGUUUAAGUGAUGAUGAAGAUAUUGAAGAAGAUGAGGAAGGAAGCAGUGAAAUCAUCAUCUCUGAAGAAGACAGAACCCCAUCACCACAAAUCAAAACAUCGAAAAAAGUCCAGUUUUCACUUGGAAGUGAACGUUCUUCUAGGAACUCAAGCCCUAUCACAGUGGACAUGCCGGAGACAUCCACACCAGUGAAGCAACCACCUUCCACGAUACGAUACUGGACCCCAUCCACCAGUCUCUCUCACAUUUCGAGUGAAACCAGUCUGGAUGAAAUGACUGUGGUUACUAGCUGUGCAUAUAGGAAAUAUGUAGACAAGACAUUGCGGAGAAUGGGAAUGAACAAAAUGCUUAUACGAUUCCGUAAGCUCUUAGAUAGGACUUUACAGAGGGCUAAGGAGGCAUUAGAGAAACCAAAAGGACUAAAUGUAUCAGACAUCAACAGUAAAUCACCAGUUGAAGAGAAAUCCCACCUGUCCUCCUCACCAGGGCUUGACCUGUUGCCAUCAGAGCUGACAUCCCCGACAACAGUAACGUACCACAGGAGUGCAAGCCAGACUGACCAGGAGCCCUUGGUGGCUCACUUUAUAGAGAUGGGCCUGCCUUCAUUCCGACCUAGCUACCUCUUUCUCCUCAAUGUGUUCCUGGAAGUUAUCCAUGAAGCCCUGAGGCUGAGGCUGGAACAGAGACCCAAAGGGGAACCGUCAUUCCUCAGUAUUCGCCCUCUGCUUCGUGAGUGUAAGGAUGUGUUGCGGGGUGCGGUCAUAGUAAAGCAGUACUACCAACAAAUGGUGGCCUCAGUGAGAUCUGAUGAGGAGUUUGCAGAGGAAGAGGAAAACUUUCCUGACCUGGAACAAUUUGAUGACGACAUGAGGAAGAUGCUGGAAAUCUACUUCACAUACAUCCAGAACUGGUUGAUAACCCUGCAAAACUUGCCUGAGGCUUCCAGAAGUCUCAAAAAUGUUCUGGAACAGGAGUGGAGUUUCACAAAACAGAUCUGUCCCCAUGUCAGAGGAGGAGAGGCUGAGGCUGGCAAACGAUUCAGCUCAUUGGCAAGCAGUCUACUGUAUUCUAUUGCCGAUUUCCUGGACUCUGGCAUUGACGAUUUCAGUACAUCAUUGUACGAUUGGACAGUUCUAGAUGAUGAUGAUGAUGAUGACGACGAUGAUGAAGAUGGAGACAAUGAAUAUGAUGGUGCUACAGGAAGUGACAAUGAGAGAAAUGAGGAAGACAAAGAAAGGGAGGAAAAGGAAAAGUCGCACAUAUUAGAGCUCAGGCAUUCAUUCCAGAAAACAUCCAGAAAAUGCAAAAGUUUGUUCAAUGAAGCAAGAGAGAGAGCAUCAAAAGCACUAGGGUUUGCCAAAACAUUACGUAAGGACCUAGAAAUUGCUGCAGAUUUUAAUAUAGCAGAGACCACGGUAGAACUGCUGGAAAAGUUACAGGAAACUGACCAUGUCAUGGUGGAAGCUUCAUUGAACAAGGGCUACCUUAUGUUCAUCCCGUCCAGUAUUAUGGACUGUCGCCAACUCAUCAUCCAAUUGCUGAAUGUGACUUGUGGGCGGGAGGACCUGACUGGAUCUCAUGACAUCAACCAGAGGGAUGAGGGAUACCUUCUCAUGGUUAACUGUAGUGGGGGAACUGAACAUAGGGAGGAGUGUCCCUUGUGGACAGGGGAGACAAUCAAAGUGGAGCCUACAGCAGACACAGCAAUUGCUCUCUCACAUAUUGAGGUUGAUGGCCUCCUGUUAGUUGUGAUCCAUUCCUCUCACCUAAUGACACAGAGGAAAGAAUUUGAGCAGCUGAUGGGGAAAUCUGUAGCUCUGGUCAACGAGCAGACAUCCUGUCACCAAGCCAUUGCAGAAUCUCUGGGUGAACUCAAGGAGGCCGCAGAGCAGCUUCAGGAGAAGGUGGUGGCUGCCAUUAAGGAGGUGGACACCAAACUCAACUUUGAUGACAUUGCCAAACUUGAGGACAACGAGAGAAAUCACCUUUUGAAUCUCUACAGAGAAACCAUGCUCAAGGGAUACAACUUUGGUUUUGAAUACCUGAGGGAGGUGACUCGUCUGGUUACAGGAGAGCCACGACAAAACUUAGGACGACGGCUAGUCAACUUUGCUCAGGACUGGAUGAACUUUGUGAUGGAGAAAUGUGAACGUGGCAGAGGCAUGAGACCCAAGUGGGCCAGUCAAGGUUUUGAUUUUCUCAUUACUGCCUGUGAGCCCAGAGUCCUGGCUUAUCUUAGUAUGGAGGAGUUUGAGAAACUGAAACACGAUAUACACAACUGUAUUUCCCAUGUUAUUGGCCAAGCUGAGAAGUACACGCCUGUCAGCCCAACUCAUGGUCCUAUACACAUGUCACGGUCAGGCAGCAGUGACAUAGGCAGCAGUCGUCAGCCUCCGUACCUCCGCUUUCCAUCCUGGCCAGAACAACAGGGCAAGGUUUCAAGGUCUUUAUCGAACCGAUCAGCACAGAGUGAGCCACCCAACACUCCCCAGUCAGCUGACUCAAGAUCAGGGUAUAAGCGUCUCUCGACAGAUAACUCACCGGAGGUAGAUUUACACGACACAGAGGACGGUCCACCUGCUGAUAUAUUCCUGAGGAGGCGCAGUAGAGCGAGUUCUGGUGACCUUGGGAGUGCAAUGAAUGCCACCACACGCACUGAACGGUUGAUGGCAGCUGUUGAUCAUCUAGAAGAGAUACGAGAUGAAAGAUUGCAAGAAAAGCGUGUAGUAGGAAGGAAGACCAGUAGAAGGAAUGAACCUGAGCAGCGCAUCAGUGCCCGAAGAGUAAACUUCCGUUGGCAGAGAGGGACAAAAAUUGGGGAAGGUCAGUUUGGCAAAGUAUUUUCAGCAGUCAAUAUGGACACUGGUGAACUGAUGGCCAUGAAAGAGAUGAAGUUUCAAAUCAAUGACCACCAAGCAUUAAAGGAAAUAGCAGAUGAAAUUACACUAUUUGAAGGGAUACUACACCCCAACCUUGUUAAAUAUUAUGGUGUUGAGGUGCACAGGGAUGAAAUGUUGGUGUUUAUGGAGUAUUGUGACCGGGGGACACUAGAAGAGGCAGCAAAGAUGGGUCUUCCUGAGCCGCUCAUCCGUAUCUACACCAAAGAGAUUCUGUUGGCCGUCAACCAUCUCCACGACAACAACAUUGUACACAGGGAUAUCAAAGGUGCAAAUAUUUUCCUGACAUCAAGUGGAUGUCUAAAACUUGGAGAUUUUGGUUGUUCAGCAAAGUUAAAAAGCCACACAACAAUGCCUGGAGAGUUCAACAAUCUGGUGGGGACAACAGCCUACAUGGCCCCCGAGGUGAUCACUAAGGUUGGACACGGUAGAGCUGCAGAUAUCUGGAGUCUUGGCUGUGUUGUCAUAGAAAUCUUUACAGGAAAGAGGCCUUGGCAUGAGUUUGACAACAACUUCCAGAUCAUGUUUAAAGUUGGCAUGGGAGGCACACCUGCCAUUCCAGAAAAGUUGAGCGAGGAGGGCAAGGACUUCUUGUCCUUCUGCUUUGUGCAUGAUCCUGCAGACAGGGCAUCAGCCAGCAUCCUUGCUGACCACGCCUUUGUAAAGGUCUGAUAAUACAUUGAAUACAGACACAGUUGAUAUCCAAGAAGCAGCUUCUCAUGAAAGACCAGAAGACAUUGAAUCUCCACUGGAUUGAUUGCCGUACAGAUUAUAGUAUUGUACAGCAUUUGGAAUGGCUUAUGGAAGAGUGUUAUAUCUGUCACUGGAGCUGCAGACUUUCACGGAUGUUUUAAACAUAUGGAAAGCUUAUCUGCAGUAAUGUCAGGAUGCCAUUCAUCAAGUCAAAAUAUGUCACAAAAUGUUAUAAACAUUAAUCGUGACCAAACUUAUGUGAUAUAGUUAAGUUUUGUCCAAAGACAUUCAUGCAUGAAUAGGUCAUUGUGAUACAUUACAAAAAAAGUGGCCUUUUAUCUGAAGCAUGAAAUUGAUGUAAAUAUUGUAAGUAUAAAAUAUUUAAUCUAAGUUAUCAAAUGUAAAUAGUGCUGACCACCAUAUCUUACCUGUCUAAUGGCAGGAGGACUUUGUGAUAUUUUACGGCGGUGUUGCCAUAGCAACCACAACGUCUGUGAUCAUGAAAGUAUUUUACUGUUUACCCAAAACAGAACCAAUUUUACUAUCUCUUAGUUGCCUAUAAAUUAAUUCUUUAUCUUGAAAGCAGAAUUCAUUUUGAAUGUUAACAGGAAUUCUGAAAACAUCAAGAGAAUUUGAUAAUCUGAUUCUUUUCAUGUACAGAUGAACUUGGUCCAGUUUCCUUAAUUCCAUUUUGUAUUAAUAGUUCUGUGGAAUUGUAUAUUUAAAAAACAAAUUCAAAAGAAUUUUAAUGUUUCCUGUUUUUUUUACAGUUGGGAACAAAUUUCAAUUGGUGACAAUCUGAUCAGAUCACACACAUUUGUUAGCUCUCUGAAGUGCAAUUAUACUGUGUAUGUAUCUUUUCAUGGAUCUACUCUCUGAAUAAUAGAUAAUAUAAUACUUACCAAGAUUCAUUCAACACUUGUCUUCCAUUUCACUUACCUUCAAUUUUAUGUUUUAACAUAUUGGUACUUUAGACUUUUGAUUAACGGUACUUGUAUUUAGCAUAAUUUUGUAUCUGUUCAGACUUUGAAUGUGUUUGUCGAACGAUUCUCGGGUAAAGUCAUACAUUAAAACAGAUUUUGAAGUUAAUAGUACACAUCAUGCCACUGGAUCAAGAAACAUAAUGCAAGGUACCAAUUGAAAUGGACGUAAAUGUAGACUACUCACGUGUUCUUGGUCGAGAAUGACAUGGAAUGUUUUAACAGUCUGGACACUAAAUGAAUGAUCUAUAUUUUUGUUCUUGGUUGAGAUUUCAACAACUCUUACCUAAAUCUCUGUCUUUUCAUAAUCUUUCUGAUAAAAUAAAGGUUGUUACAAAAAAUAAGGUCAUGCAGUACUAGCGUAGGAUUGGUGGACCUGCUUCUUGUUCAAGUGAUACCAGUACAUCACAAUGUUUAGGCUUCAUGUGAUGUACGUUGGUCAUGCAGGAAUGGGAAAUGAUUGUGAUGAAUUUCUUACCCAAUCAUGCAUCGAAGAUUUAAGCGCCAGUAUUUUUUAUCAAUUAAUUAUACAAUGAAAUGUGUUUCCAAAUGCUAGGUUUGUUGAAAACCGAGAUGUUUUUGUCAGUGGUGUUUUGAAAAAGCAAGGAACUUGUUGUGAAUACCUGCAUUAUAGUUGAAAAGUAAAAAGGUUGAAAUAUUUUUAAUGUGAGAAUCUGUUUGUAGUGAUUUUAAAGUAUCAAUCUAUUUUAAUGUCUGUACACAUUUCCAUGUGUCGCCAAAAUGUUGUCUAUAUUUAUUCCUGUAAAGUCAAAAUAACAUGCUUUUUAGCAAAUGAUAAGGACUGGCAUCAGUAUCUGUUGGUAUUCUUCUCAAUCAUUGGUCUUGUCAAUUACAAUGCUGAUCAAGACCAUACUCUACAUAAUUUUUUUUUUAUGACAAUGUUCAGAGAACCCUUUCAAUUUAAAUUAUAACAAUGUUUGUUACAGCAAAAACCUAAGAUAGUGUCACCGUUUGUUCAGCAAACUUGGCUACAUUCGCGUAUCCCGGUUGAAACUGUAAGUGUGGCACAGAAAUAUUCCACGAUAAACGAACGCACUUGGGCCGUUCAAGAAGCAGAGCUUAAAAUGCACAGUUUUGGAGAAUAAAAAACAAUGUAUCAAGAAUAUAGUAUGCCCUUCUUCCAACCUUCCACUGAAUUACAUAACGUAUCUUAAAAACUACAUGUGGCUUGAUAUUGUUUUAGAAAGAAAUAAC